AGUAAAAUCCGGCAGACAUAUUAGAUUUUUACAAAUUAGUUAUGGCCUGUGGAGAUGGGCAGGUUCCAGUUUCCUGUAGUCUUUGUGAGGAGGACUCUAAUAUCAAAUGGAAGUGCAUAAACUGUGACAUGUUUAUGUGUGACAAAUGUAAAGAGAAAAUUCAUGUGAAAUUCAAAUUUGCCAAGGACCACAAAGUUGUUUCUAUACGGGAGGUAGGGCUUCAUGACAAAGAAAUAGAUUUUUCCAAUAUAAGUUGUCAAAAUCACACAGGUCAAAAUUAUGUUUUGUUUUGCAAGACAUGUGACUGUUUAGUAUGUCCACUAUGCAUCUCUGAAACCCAUAAUGGCCAUGGUUUUGUAACCAUCAGAGAGGGAUAUGAAAUCCUGAUAGGCAAAUUAAAGACAAAAGGAAAGAAUAUCGGAACUUAUAUAGAUGAAUUGGAAAAAAGAAAAGCAGAAGUGAAGGAUGUCAAUAAUGCCGAACUUUCCAAAUUUGAAAACACUUUGAAGAAAAUCAAGGAUCAGAAUAUCCAGCUUAAGAAGAAAGUGGAUCAACAUACUAAAACAAUGGAGACUGAACUUAUUAAAAAGUGGGAAGACUUACAUCGGUGUACUGAAAAAGAAGAAAAAGAUGUGUCCCUCCUCAUUAGUAGUCUGGCAUCUAAAAUGUCUGAGGUUGAUGGUAUCAUCCAAUCCAUUGAUGCCAAAAAAGUCUUUGUGGAUGGUUUGGGGUUAUCAAAAUCAAUAGAGAAAACUGUCACAUCGCCUGGCACAAAGUUUGAUUCUAUUCCAACAUUUCUUCCUGGACAAUUAACUGCUUAUAACAUAGGUUCACUAGAAAAUGUUUCUACUAAGGGUGAAAUUAAAGCUUUUAAACGAUUUGACACUGAAAUCUCAGACGUUUUUUCAAUGAUAGCCUGUUCUGAAGGUACAUUGUGGAUUACAAACUUUAAAGUACUGCAAAAAGUUGAAAUAGAAGGGAGGAGAUUGAAGAUAAUUAAUCAAAAAGAAAUUAACAUCUGGGAUAUAGCAUGUACUCCAUCAAAAGAUCUCCUUUUGGCUGAUGGUGGAUCUAUACUUAAGCAGAUAAGUGACCAAACAGGUGAAGUGACCAAAACUAAGUAUGAGGUAAAGGGUUUACAUUUAUCAGCUGUUUAUGUGAACCAAGAUGGAAAAGUCACUGUUAGUGCUUUUAAUGGGAAAUUAGUUUAUCCAGCUGUUGGAAGACGGGUUGUGACCGUAAUGGAUGGAAGUGGGAAACAUGAAACUAUAUUUGAAUAUGACAGACAAGGCAGGCCUAUAUUUUCACAUGUUCUCAGCAUAACCAGAACAAAGAAUGGUAAUAUCUUUGUAGUGAACAAGUUAUCUGCAGAUCACAGUGGCAGAGUGGUAAUUUUGAGUGAGGAUGGGGAUGUUCUGAAUACCUUCAGUGGCAAUUCAGAAGUUAACACAGACGAAAUUCUUUUCCAACCAUUGCGUGUAUUCACUACUCCAUCUGACAAUAUUAUCAUUUCCAACUUGACCCAUAGCAUUUUAUAUUUUCUAAAUAAUUCAGGAAAUUAUAUUGGAUGGCGUAACACAAAAAAAGUAGGAAUAAUAUACCCACGCUCUUUCUGUAGUACAGAAGCUGGACAUACUUAUGUAGGAUGUGUCACAUCUGAAGACAGUAGUGACAAUGCCAAAAUAUAUGAAAUUAUUAUUUCUUGAUGGAAACAUUUCAGUUCAACGAGGAAAGAGAUAUCUUUUUCAAUAGUAGUAGAGACAGUGUCUGGCUUAGUAGUUGUUUCUGUCAGAUUGUAAAUAAAUAUGCUUUAAACGGGCA